AUGUCUUGGUUAUUCGGAGUCAAGCCACAGCCUCCCGUGCCACCUCCACAACCUGAGGGAGGGCAGCAGGGAGCUGCUCCACCUCAGGGUUCAGCGAAGGGAGAUGGGUCUCAAUUCAAUUACUCCUUUGAUUCAACUGCCUUGGAAAGAGCUGCUCGUGCUGCUAAGGAACUGGAGUCUUCUUCCAAUGCGAAACAAGCGUUGGAACUGUCUAGAUUACAAGAGAUCACGAAGCAGAAAGAACUUGAAGUCCAACAGAAGGUAAGAUGUAAUACAUUUCUAUUAAAGUAUUUGUAGCAAAUUGAAGCCCAAAUUGCUUCGAUGAAGGCAGAAGGAGCCCGGUUAGCAGAAGAAGAACGAAGGAAAACUUUACAGAAGGAAACUGAGCAUGCGAAUUCGGUAAGCUGUUUUAUAUUGAUGAGUUCUGUGUUUAGAGAGCUCAAUAUCAAGAUCAACUGGCCAGAAAGCGGGCUGAAGAUGAACUUAAGCUCAAGGCCGCGAUGCAAGAAGAGGCGUUACGGAAGCAGGAGGAGUCAAUUAAGAAACAGGAAGCUCUCAGAAAACAAACAAUUGAACAUGAACUUCAGCUUAGACAUAAAUUAGACCUUGAGAGAAUUCAAGCCGAAGUUCAAGCUAAAGCGAAGGCGGCUAGGGAGAACCGGGAUGUCAAUUUGGAGAUGAUGAAAGCAAGUGAAGAAGAGCAUAGAAAGACAAUAGUCGAACAAAUCAAGUGAGAAUCUGUUUUUGGUCGUCUUUAUUUUCGAUUUUGUUUUAGAACAAGUGGAGCUGUUAUUGGUGCCGGACUUCAAGAGUUUAUAAAUGACAAAACAAAAGUUUUAACAACUGUUGGAGGUCUCACCGCCUUGGCUGUCGGAUGGUACACAGCCAAGAGAGGGACUGGAGUGGUAGCAAAAUAUGUUGAUGCCAGGCUUGGGAAGCCUUCCUUGGUUAGAGAAACCUCCAGAAUAACUCCAUUCGAGUUGGCAAAACAUCCUAUUAAAUCUGUAAAGGGGCUGAUGAGAAGGUCAACCGACCCCUUGGAGGGGGUUGUGUUGAAUGUAAGUUCGUGUGUUCUCUCUAUAGAGCCUCACCAUUAUAGCCUAACCUUGAAGCCCGCCUUCGUGAUGUUGCUAUUACCACUAUGCACACCAAAAGAAAUAACGGAUUAUUCAGAAACGUUCUGUUUUAUGGUCCGCCAGGUACUGGUAAAACCAUGUUUGCCAAGGGGUUGGCCAAGCAUUCUGGCUUGGAUUAUGCCAUUAUGACCGGAGGUGAUGUCGCUCCUAUGGGAAGAGAUGGAGUUUCUGCCAUUCAUAAGGUGUUUGAUUGGGCAGAGAGCUCGAGAAAAGGGUAUGUAUUAAAAUGUAUAUUUCUGGUAGCCCAAAACCCAUUUAACUUUAUUCUUUUUCAGCUUGGUAUUGUUUGUUGAUGAAGCUGAUGCUUUCCUGAGAAAACGAUCGACUGAACAGAUCAGCGAAGAUGUCCGGGCCAUGUUAAAUGCAUUUCUCUACAGAACCGGAGAGCAGAGUCGUCAUUUUAUGUUGAUAUUGGCCAGUAAUCAGCCGGAACAAUUUGAUUGGGCCGUAAAUGAUCGGCUUGAUGAACUUGUUGAAUUCGACCUGCCAGGCCGUGAAGAAAGAGAACGUAUCCUUCUCCAAUAUUUUAACGAAUUCAUUUCCAAACCGGCGACUGAGGGCUCCAGAAAACAACGUCUGAAGAUCGGAAAGUUCGAUUGGAUCAAGAAGAUGGAGGAGAUCAGCAAAGUUACCGAAGGAAUGUCUGGCCGUGAACUCUCCAAGUUGGUAUUGGGAUGGCAGGCAAGCGCUUAUGCUUCAAAAGACGGUUUCCUAACCGAAGAAAUCAUCGAUCGAAACACUAAGGAGACGAUCAAACAGCACGAACGGAAGAUGGAGUGGCUAGCCCUCGAGGGAUUUAAGGCCGGUUCAAAAACUUUGACCCCACCUUCUUUCAAGCACGAAGCCAUCGAAGCCAAGCUUAAGAAGGAGACUGCCUUCUAA